AGUUUACAGUUGAAUUAUUGGGAUUGAUGCUGUUGGUUGUGUGACUGAAGCAGGUUUAUAGUAAGGGGUUUCUCUGUGUAUUAUAGCCAUAUUUUGUUGUUGAUCCAUGGCAUGAAGAUUUGAUAUAUACAUAUUAUAUUGUGAAUUACAAAUUAUUAAGCUAUGAGGAGACAGAUAUAUGUGGCAACAUGUUCACCCGCUCGGGAUACUGAAUCUGGUUAUGUAGCUUGGGGUCACUCCACUCUUGUUGGACCAUUUGUAGAAGUUAUGGCUACUACAGAACAUGAGGAAGCAACCAUCAUAGCUGAAAUUGAUUAUUCAAUAUUGGAGCAGAGAAGGACAAGUGUCCCUGUGACAAAGCAACGAAGAGGCGAUCUUUACCAAUUGAUGGAUCUUCAGAGGCUGAAUUCCUCCUAGAGGGAGCAGGACUUAUUACAUUUGAGACACCUUCAGUACCUUGUGUGCAGCAUGGCAUGAGCUUGCCAUAUGACUUGUGGUUAUUGGAUGUUGUAUUAUAACUGAUAUGAAACCCAAACCCUGACGGGAAGAAUAAAAUAAAUGAAUGUGUGUUCUCUUGAA